AUGUCUUGGAAGCUCACUAAGAAGCUCAAAGAGACGCAUCUUGCUCCCCUCGCCAACACAUUCAGUCGCUCGUCGUCGACGUCGACAAUAGUCGGUGACCAGCCGACGCCCAAAGCCUCGAGUUCCGCCGCCAGCGCGACGACCCUCGGAGACUCCAAAGACAAUGGCAUCGCCGCCUCAGAAGCCAACGCAUCCGCCCCGGCGCAGCCCCUUCGCCCUGGUAUCCUGAUCGUCACCCUCCAUGAAGGCCAGAAGUUUUCGCUGCCCCCGGGCGCUGAGCAGCAAUUCAGCGGCGGGAGCCACCACCAGGGCUCCAUGUCCCAGGGCGGCGGCCUCUCCGUGGCAGGCUCAAUGCGACCCGGGUCGUCUUCGCGCAAUGCAGUCGCCGGUUCCUACGCGAACCGGCCGCAGUCUGCUGCUGGCAGCAUCAAUGCUGCGCCUACCAUUCACGGUCGCUACUCGUCAAAACACCUGCCCUACGCUCUGGUCGAUUUCGACAAGCAACAGGUCUUCAUUAACGCAGUCUCCGGUACACCAGAGAACCCGCUCUGGGCUGGCAGCAACACGCAAUACAAGUUCGACGUGUCCCGCGUCACCGACCUCACCGUCUCGCUUUACAUCCGAAACCCCUCCGCAUCGCCCAACGCCGGUCGCAACGAAGACAUCUUCAUCGGAACACUCAAGGUCCACCCCAAAUUCGAGGAGCAAAGGACGGACAGCAAAUCUGGAAAUGGCGACGGCACAGCUGGCCAGGCCGGUGCUGAUUGGAUACCAGUGCAGUUUGGCAGCGGUCAGAUGAAGGUCGGAGUCAACUUUGUCGAGAAUCGCCAAGAUCGUCUUGCGAUUGACGAUUUCGAACUUCUCAAAGUCGUCGGCAAAGGUAGUUUUGGAAAGGUCAUGCAGGUGCAGAAGAAGGAUACGCACCGAAUUUACGCCCUGAAGACCAUUCGCAAAGCACAUAUCAUUUCCCGAUCCGAAGUCGCACAUACUCUCGCCGAGCGCUCUGUCCUAGCUCAGAUCAACAAUCCUUUCAUCGUACCGUUGAAGUUCUCGUUCCAGUCGCCAGAGAAGCUGUACCUUGUCUUGGCCUUUGUCAACGGUGGAGAGCUCUUCCACCAUCUGCAGAAGGAGCAACGAUUCGACAUCAACCGAGCUCGAUUCUAUGCUGCCGAACUGUUAUGCGCCCUUGAGUGCUUACACGGUUUCAAUGUCAUUUACCGUGAUCUGAAGCCCGAGAACAUUCUUCUCGAUUACACUGGUCAUAUUGCCUUGUGCGACUUCGGUCUCUGCAAGCUCGACAUGAAGGAUGAGGACCGGACGAACACAUUCUGCGGAACACCAGAAUACCUCGCUCCGGAACUCCUUACUGGCGCUGGCUACACCAAGUCCGUCGACUGGUGGACGCUUGGUGUUCUCCUUUACGAGAUGUUGACUGGAUUACCUCCCUUCUAUGAUGAGAACACCAACGACAUGUACCGCAAGAUUCUUACCGAACCUCUACACUUCCCCGGUCCUGAGAUUGUCCCACCGGCCGCACGCGAUCUCUUGACUCGCCUCCUAGACCGCAAUGCAGAGAAGCGAUUGGGUGCCAAGGGCGCUGCAGAGAUCAAGGCGCAUUACUUCUUCCACAGCAUCGACUGGCGAAAGCUGCUUGAGAGGAAGUACGAGCCCAGCUUCAAGCCCAAUGUGGUUGACGCAAAAGAUACUGCCAACUUCGACCGCGAAUUCACCUCGGAAGCUCCAACAGAUUCGUAUGUCGAUGGUCCUAUGCUUUCCCAGACUAUGCAACAGCAAUUCGCAGGAUGGUCUUACAACCGCCCUGUUGCGGGUCUUGGCGAUGCUGGUGGUUCGGUGAAGGAUCCAUCGUUCGAGGGUGUAACGGAAAGAUAG